AUGAAUGGUUCAAAUACAACAAAUGAAGCAGAAAGCCUAUACAAUUUUUUAAGUGAUUAUAAUGUAGUAGGAUUAAUACUAAAGAAUUUAAACUACGAUUAUAGUAGUAAUUUAGAUUAUCAUUUUGAUGAAUCGUUUUACGACAAUUUCCAACAGUAUGUUACAACAAUGACAACAAUAAAUUCCAAUUUGAGUAUUGGAUUAUAUAUCAAUGCAAGCAACAUGAUAUUUUAUUCAAAUAACCAAGUGUCUCCAGAUUGGUUUCAAUUUUCAAUAUUAAAUUAUAUUAUGGAGUAUUACAUAAUUGGUUUUGACAAGUUUAAUCCGUGCAAUCAAUUUUUUAAAAACGGAAUUGUGCCAAAUGAUAAUGUUUUACGAUUCAACAAUUCCUUGUCAUCAUUUGCAGCCGCUCUGAGUACUUCACCUAUUGAAAAGAACAAAAUAUAUCUUGAAUUUUUAGCGAGUCCUACAGUUAAUGACUCAACAACUGAAGUUCUACCCACGUGUUGUGUGACUUAUAAAAAAUUUUGUGAAAAAGACCACUAUAAUCUUUAUUGGUGUGCUGAUAAUUCAGAUGCAUUCUAUGACAAAGGUACAUUUGCAAGAGAAAUAGAAGCACAAGGAUUCGUAACAAAGUAUAUAGAUACAAUCGACCCCACUGCAAAAUGUGAAUGUAAUUCAGAUAAGUUUAUAACCUUUUCGAUGAUGUUACGAGGUUUCUUAAAUACAGCCCCUAUCACGAAUUGUACUAAGUUAAAUAGUAUUAGUUUUACUACAUAA